ACAUUUGUUUCUUUCCAUCCUAGCGACCACUAGCAGUGACAUCAUCAUGCUCACAUGGCAUCGUGGGUAAACUCUAGUGACUGUAGUAUGGACUCAGCAGAACUUGCAACUAUGGAUUCAGAAAUCUACCGAAGCCUACAGGCCAUUCUGAGAGAACUGGACACCUCACAGUCUGUGGUCAAUAAAGGAAUGCUAAGGUGGACUUUGCAUAAGAAGGUGCAGUGUGAUCCUCAGAAGAGCCUUGCUUUGGUCCGAGUAACUCUCAAGGAGCUGGAAAGAGCUGAGAGAGUCGACAUGAGAUCACACAUCAUCCCACUGUUACACACUCUCAUGUACGCCGUCAUACAGGUGGCAUACAUUCCUGAUGAUCUGUAUAAAAGGCUUUACGAGUCAUGUAAGAAGAUGCUGACGCUGCCAGAGCCCUUCUGUAUUGUAGGACUCAAUUACACUAGACAAUUAAAAACAGAGACACAUACACCAGGUAUCUCACACACACACACACACACACACACACACACACACACACACACACACUUUCCAUUACAAGAGUAUGUGUUUGUGUUUGCAGAUCCAGUUGUGUUCUCAGAGUCUCUGUGCUCAGUGUUGAGGGAAGAUCUGGAGGCUGAGGGUCGGACGGAGACGCAGCUCAGCUACAUGCGUGAUGUCAUACAGCGCCUUCUACAGGCCACUCUGGGAGAGGACAACUGUCAUGGACCAACCCUCACACGUGCACUGGAGGAGCUGCAGCAGGAUGUAGAGAGUUAUUUCAAUGAGGUUUUAGAGUGUGUUGAUCAAAAGGAACAAAAUGAUCUAACACAACGACUGCAACAACUCUACACACAGCUGCUGCUCAGCACCGGCAAAGACCCAUUGUCUCAUGGCUCUCUGGCCAAUGUUUCACUUCCCAAUCCAGAUAUGAGCUUCCACGUAUGGUGGGAGGAGGAAGAGCUCUGGAGAGAAUUGGCCAAAUUUGUGCGCAGCAGCUCUACUGAUAACUUCUGCAUCUCCAUGGAGGAUUUCGACAUGUCUGAGUUUUCCUCCUACAUGGACUCAGACAUGCCACGGCACUCCGUCCUCUCCACAGACAGCGGCAUCGAGCGUGACAUGGCGCAGGGCUCGGACUCAGAGUCGAGGGGCACGUGGCGUCUGUUGAGGCGCGGUGGGAUGAAGGUGAAGCCCUCAGUGACAGACAGCAUGGCCUUUUUACAGGACACUUUAGUCAGUGGAAGUGGUUUCCUCAAACAGCAGCAAGGACAGAGACACAUGACCGCUAACAUCGUAGUGAUGGGGGACGACCGCGUACUCGGGAGACUCGCCAGGGCUUAUUACACACUCAGGAAAAGAGAAUCCCGGAGACUUUUCCUGACCAUGAAAAUGAACAUAAAGAUGUUCUAUAUCCCCGUGUCCACGCAGCAUCUGUCCUCUCCCACCACGGAGAGUGUGUGUCUGCUGGACUCUAACCCGUGUGUGUUAGGGUCAUACUUGGGGAAGGUGGACCCCUGGUACGAGUGUAACAUCAUCAGUCUGGGUCACAUGAUCCCCAAACUUGCUGCCAUGAGUAACUCCAGCAGGCCACACGAGCCCAACCCUUUCUUAGCUGAUGUCAUUUCCUAUUACGUGCGAAUGGGACAGCAGCCGGUUUACUUCACCAUCUACUACGUGAAGAUUGUGUUCUGUAAUCCGUCCAAAGAAUCAGUGGAGGACGUGUUCCUGUCUCACGCCAGUAUCAAGUUCCCAGAGUUCUCGCUGCGUCACACCACUGACAGAGACUUGACACUGAGACAGAAGAAGCAAUGUGCAGAACUAUGUGGUGUUCUUGUCUCGCUAAAGUACAGGAAGGUGUCACUGAGCAAUAGAGCAGCAGAGAGAGACGUAACGUUGAGGACGACCAAAAUUCAGAUUUCAGCCGUAACCCCAAACAAACACCAAGAUGUGAACUGUCUCCUCGUGGAUCUGUGUGACGUGAAGCCCAAAUGUGUCUCAGAGGUCAAAAUCCGGACAUGCAGCAUGAAGCUACAGACAAGCGAGAGGACGGGAUUCACACUGUGUCUGAAUAAAGACUCACGCAGAACCUUCCAUGGAGUUCAGAGUGUGGAGAUCGAGCCGUGUAAAGAUCCCGGAUAUUACAUUCAAAAGUCCAUGAGGUCAAAGUUCACGACAGAAGAGGACACUGACUCAGGACUGAGCAAGUUCAUGAAUCGAGGACUUCCUCUUUCUAUAAACACCUUCUCGGGCAUCAUUUCCUGACAGAAAAACAAAAAAGGAAGAAGUAAUGCACUUUGGCGGACACUGAGCUAAUCGCUAACGGCUAACUAUAAUGACCUUUGUUCUGUGUGGUUAUAUUUAACUUUCUGUUCACAUCACGUAUGAUAUGAAGGUCACAGAGUUCCAUGCUGCUAAAAACACACACACACACACCCACACACACACACACACACUUGUCCCUCAGCGUGUUUAACAGACAGAGGAGGUGUGAGGUUAACAACCACCAAUAUAACAGUAACUUCCUCUUCCUUUCUCAGAAAACAUUUUCUGACAAACAGGUGGAUGGAGCAGGCUGGAGUUAACAUGUAGAAAACGGCUAACUAGUGCUACUUAGCAACAUGCUAACACACUCCUUCGAUAGUCCUGUAGAGUUUUAAUACACAAAUAAACAUGUCGGCAAUUGAAGGUUAAAGGUCAGCUUGACAGAUCUGGUGCUGUUUUUCAGUUGCUACACCAAGCAGUUGUCUGUACAGUAAACAUCUAGUUAGCUUGGUAGUUAGCUACAUGUGCUCUAUUUAAUAAGAUGGGAAGUACAAUACGGUAUUAAAUGAAAUAGAUAGCGCUAAACCAAGAUCAAGCAUAAAUGUUAGCUUCAGUGAUUAACGUAUAACGAUUAGAGAUUUUAUUGCUCAACACUACCAGUGUGACGAUCAGCUAAUCUGAUUAGCGUACUAAUUAGAACAUAUUUAAUACCAGGCUUGCUAACUGUUUAGUGUGCUAAAUAACAACUCUGCUAUCUAGCUAGCAUAAUAAUUAGCUAGCAGUAUAAAGUAUCAGUGCAAUAUUAUUGGAAAUCUAAAGAACUUGAUUACACAUUUUUAGAAAAAAAAAAAGGGAACUGCAAAAAGACAACAAAAGCUUCUGGGUAAUUUCUUGUAGUCUGCAUUGAUGCCUUUAAAAUGGCCAAGGGGACUUAAACAAGGGGACUUAAGCAAGGGGACUUAAACAAGGGGACUUAAACAAGGGGACUUAAACAAGGGGACUUAACCAAGGUGAAGUGGAGUAAUCAUUAAAAACAGCACUGAAAUAAGAGAAAAUAUAAACUAUAUAAUUUAAUAAGGGGAUUGUUGAAAAGGAAUAAAAACAGAACAAACACGUUACACUAGUGCAGUGAAUUUUUUAUUUUAUUUAUAAACUUGUUUUCAAAUCAUGACCGAUUUGAGUUUCUAGCACACUAGUUAAAGGCAGAAACUGUUAAAUUGUGUGAAUAUUUGUAGGAUUGACAAUUAGCUGAAUUUUAGUUUUGUGUCCCGUGAUGUUAACAAUGAAAGUACAAAUGUAUGUAAGAUGUUUCUGUAAAAACAGUGAACUUUCAUUUGGGAUUUAUUAAAAAUAUACAAUAUAAAAAGA